GGAAGGAGGGUGGGAGGGGAAACAACGCCGGAAAAAGUUAGCUACCUGUUGCUUUACUAGCUGUUCUUUGACAUAAACGAAGAGCGGGUGACACCGUCAGCGUUUACAGAGAAAAAGAAACACCGGCAACAAAUGAAACAACACCGGCCCGGAGUUAACUGUUUCUGUGCUGCUCCUUCUGAUGAGCUGGACUGAUAAUGGAGCUGUCUUGUGAGUCAGUGAGAUAUCCUGAGGACCGGAGACCGGCCAGUUGCAAGUUUGUGGAGCUCCAUGUGCUGUAUGUGCCAGAUGACCAGUGGGAUGUGAAGCUCAAUAAAAUCCCUGCUGAAGCCAUAGAGAGCUUCAUAUCUGCCGGCUUCAUCAGGGUUUAUCCGGAUAUCACCCUGAAAACUCUGAGGAGCGAGCUUGGAGCUCUUCUUGGCGCAGAGAGGGGCAUCGACAAAUUCUCCUUCCUGAAAUGUGUGGGCCGCAGUUUGGCACUGGUGAAGAGCAAACAGGAGAGGGAUCUGAAAGUGAAAACAUUCGCUCCACCGUAUGCCCCACAGCCAGAGCUUUACCUGCUGCCCACUGUGGAGAGCGACAGCAGUGUUUGCUCCCAGUCUCUCACCCCAGACACCAGCAGCAGCUCCCCAGACCACCAGACCUAUUACCAGCCUCCCAAGAUGUGCAGCCUGCCAGCAGGAACAAAGAAGCCUGUUAAAUUCCCCCUCAUUCCCCAGUGUUCCCAUCAGCCACCUCCCACCACGAGCCUGGAAGAGGAAGAGGAGGAAGACGAGGAGCAGAGUUAUAGUUCUUCAGAGACAGAAGGAGAAAAUGAAGAGGAGGGUCUUUCUUCCAACAAGUUAGAGUGGGCGGAGAAGGAAUGCUGCCCAAGGAAGCCUCAGAGUCAAAGGGCACCGCAGCCUGUUUCACACAAUAAAGCUUUACAUAGGCGUGAAGCUGAUUCAGCUCAGGUGAAAGACUUGGCAGAGAGAGAAGAAACCUGCAGAAAGGAGAAACAGCACCACAAACAGAACAGAGCGGCCAGAGACUCAGGAGUUGCCCCGUCUCUGGAGGACAGAGAUUCGGGUUUCUCCUUCACAGAUGGGCUCGGGAAAUCAAAAGAUGCACUCAAGUCCAUCAGGAAUAAACCAAGAGUGACAGAAAGUCCAGCGGUGCUGUCUCGGCCUGUUCGGUGCACCUCUCCACCUCCAGGUCUGCACUUGGCCAGGGUCACUCAAAAAACGUCUGCCUCUCCCAUCUUUCAGACAAACAGAGAGGAACUGAUUGAGGAAAUCAAGCUGGUCAGGGAGGAGAGAAGGCAGCUGGAGUGGACAAGGCAAGAGCUGCUAAGAAAGGGGAAAGAUUUAUUGGCUCAAAACAGACACCGCAGGAACCAAGCUCGUGACAGUUGGAAGAAGAAAUAUUUUGAAACCAAGAAGGCCACAGCCCCAUUGGAGGAAAAUCUGAGAAACUUACGGCAAGAGUUGGAGACAUUUUACAACAAACUUUUACACCAGCUCCAGGCCAGAGAUAACAGAGGGAAGCCAAGACGACAGGACAGAUCUUCCAUAAAGAAUGAGCUCAUCAUUCAGAUCAUGACAGAGAGCCAUGAGAUUGACAACCUGAAGAGGAAGGUAGAGGAUGCCAAGAUGAAGCUCGUAACAGAGAUAAAGUUGAGGAGACAGGCUGCUACAGAGCUAAGGGCCCUGAAGGCUGAGCUGGCCCAGAAGAAGAGCCAGUCCUCUCAUCCUGCUCCCACGGUCACUAUUGGCUUUGGAAAUACCUCACAGGACAGAUCACAAGUUCAAAGCACUUCCAUCUAAUUCAGUACAUACAAGAACAAGACUGUUGUCUGGGCUCAACUCUGCUGGGACAGAUGACUUAUUAUUUUGUAACUAAGUUUUGUAUUUUCUAUGUUGCAUUUUAUUAUUACUUCAUACGCUCU